AUGACGGUGUGUAACUGGAACGUUCCUCAUGGUCCAUGGGAGCGUAUCCACAUGGAUUUCUUUGGACCUAUUAAUAAUCAGAUGUAUUUGAUAGUGAUUGACGCUUAUUCCAAAUUUAUUGAAGUCGUUCCCAUGCGCUCAAUCACUGCUGUUUCUGUCAUCUAUCAGUUGAGACAGAUUUUUGCACGUUACGGUUUACCGCACUCUGCUGUAACAGAUAACGGUCCUACGUGGACUUCUCACGAGUUUGCCUCUUUUCUUAAACUGAAUGGAGUUAAUCAUUGUCUUACAGCACCGUUCCACCCUGCGACAAAUGGAGCAGUGGAACGUGCAGUCCAAACUGUGAAGAAAAGUGUAAAGAUUGCUUUAAAGCAAGGUAAUGAUGUUAACUUGGCUAUUUUAAGAUUUUUGUUUGACUAUAGAAACUCAACCCAUUGUUCAACAUGUAAGUCACCAGCAGAACUUAUGUUCGGUAGGAAGUUGAGGACCAGGUUUGAUUUGUUGCGACCUGAUAGAUUUGUUCAAACAAACUCAUCAGGGUUUUCUGAAAAUGUUAAAGGUAGAAAUAUUUUGUUUGUUGAAAAUCAAGUUGUGUUGGUAAAAGACUACCGUACUUCUCAGUCCUCAAAUUGGGUAAAGGCAAAAAUUGUCAAGUGUCUUAGUCCUGUUUCUUAUUUAGUUAAGUUAUGUAAUUCUGAUGUAGUCUGGAAACGACAUAGCAAUCAAAUGUUGCCACUUAAAAACCAAGUGUCAAAUGAUGUUGUGACCUCAAGGUCAAAGGAGUCUGUUAGGCCCGAGGCUUUGUUUCCAAGUGAAGAUGUGAGUAGACCUGUUCAUAGGCGAAGUCUGAUGCUAAGCCCUUCCUCGCCUAAACCAAACAAUCCUGUUUGCGCCAGUCCAAAAAGUCCUGUGUCAAAUCGUGCUGUCAGUCCUAACCAAUCUGCCACUUCCGCAGUCCAUGAUCCUAUUUCCAGCGAUAGUAGUCCUAUAAGUUCUACUCCCAAAAGGCGAUAUCCCAUGAGAACAAGAGUGCCUAAGAAAGUUUUUGAUUUGUAA